AUGGUGUUCAGUGAAACCAAGUGUGACGUCCUGCCUCCCCACAGAGCAAAUGGUUGUCCUAUUGAAAUUUUACCUGGAGCUAAAUUGCCCAAGCCAAAAAUGUACUCAAUGACCCCCCGCAAAUUGAAGAAACUGAGGGAAUACAUUGACAAGAACCUGGCUAGAGGAUUCAUUCAGCCAGGAAAAUCCCAAAAUGCCAUUGAAAUCUACAGCCUGCACAUUGACUGCAAAGUUAUGUCGCGGUAUGCCCACACAGUGAUCACCAGCAGAAUUGUCAACAGGGGGAAUGAAUCUAAGGAGGCUGUUUUCGAUGUGGAACUACCCAAGAAAGCCUUCAUCACAAACUUCAGCAUGACCAUAGAUGGAGAAACAUACCCUGGAAUAAUCAAGGAGAAACAGGCUGCUCAAACUCAGUAUGAUUCUGCCAUUUCACGAGGUCAAAGUGCUGGAUUGGUCAAAUCAGCUGGAAGAAAGUUGGAAGAGUUUAGUGUUUCAGUUAAUGUUAAAGCAGAAGGUAAAGUUAACUUUGAAUUGCAUUAUGAGCAACUACUCGAUCGUAAGCUAGGGAAAUAUGAAUUGAUCACCAAAGUCAAGCCCAAACAACUGGUGAAAGACUUUCAGAUUGAUACUCACAUCUUUGAGCCACAAGGCAUAGCCUUUUUAGAAACGGAAAGCAGCUUCUUGAGCAAUGAAAUGAAUGAUGCUGUCAUAAAGACACAGGAGGAGACCAAGGCUCAUAUUUCAUUUAAACCAACCUUAAGUCAACAAAGGAAAAUCCCUGAGUCUGAAGAGACUCUUCUAGAUGGAAAUUUCUUCAUACGUUAUGAUGUUAAAAGGAAUGUUCCCGUAGGUGACAUACAGAUCGUGAAUGGUUAUUUUGUCCAUUAUUUUGCACCAACGGAAUUGCCAGUAUUUCCGAAAAACAUCAUCUUUGUUAUAGAUCAAAGUGGAUCUAUGAUUGGCAAUAAAAUUCAGCAGACUAAAGAAGCAUUGGGAAAGAUUUUGGAAGAUCUGGAUCCUAAAGACUAUUUUAAUUUAAUUGUCUUUAAUUGGCAUAGUUCAUACUGGAAUCCCACUUUGUUGCAAGCCAGCGAGGAGAAUGUGGAAUCAGCUAAACAGUAUGUUCAAACCAUUCAGGCUGGUGGAGGAACGAAUAUUAAUGAAGCUCUUUUGACAGCCAUUAAUUCUCUGGAUCAAGCCACCCGUGAGGAGUCAUUGCCAGAAAAAAGCAUUUCGAUGAUCAUUUUGCUGACAGAUGGUGACCCCACUGUUGGUGAAACAAUCCCUAAACUAAUAUACAAAAACAUAAAGCAAGCCAAUCAAGGAAAGUAUUUCCUCUACUGCCUUGGCUUUGGAUUUGAUGUAAGCUAUAGUUUUCUGGAGAAGUUGGCCUUAGACAAUUCAGGAUUGGCUCGACGUAUAUAUGAGGACUCAGAUGCAGCUCUUCAGCUCCAGGACUUUUAUAGUGAAGUGGCUAUUCCCGUCCUGAAGGAGAUUAAUAUAAAUUACAUUGGCAAUGCUGUAGAGGAUGUCACUGAGAAUAACUUUAAGUUGCUCUAUGACGGUUCUGAAAUUGUAGUGGCUGGAAAACUUGACAGUGAAAUUGAUACUUUUUCCUUGGAAGUAAAAGCUCAGGCGCAUGGAAGCAAUUUGACCCUGAAAGAAAGUGCUAAUGUCAAAGAGAAAGCACAAAUUUUUGAACAUCAGAAAUACAUAUAUGGAAACUUCAUUGAAAGUUUAUGGGCCUAUUUAACCAUUCAACAGCUAUUAGAAAAGUCCGUUUUGGAGCAAGGAGCAGGGAAGAAACAUCUGGAAAACCAAGCAUUAAACCUCUCCCUGAAGUACAGCUUUGUAACACCCUUGACUUCCAUGGUGGUCACUAAACCAGAGGCCAAAGAGUUGGUUAACAAACCAACAGAACAAGGAUUUUCCGGGACUGUAGAUCCCCAUUUCCUUUUUCAAGUACCUCAUGAAAAAUAUUUAGUUUGUGUAACUUUUAGUUGUCAGCCACAAACACCCUUAAAUCUGUUGUCUGAUCCAGAGAAAGGGAUCCAAGUGACUGGCAAGUUUGGUGAAAACAAGCAUUUUACACAGUUUGAAAUAAGUUAUCCAAGGCUUAACCUGGAAAUAAAUGUGUCAACAAAACAAAUUACGCUGAAAAGUAAUGGCUCCAGUGACUCUUUUGUGUGGAAUGACACAGAAUCUUUAACAAUUGAAGGGUAA